AGCCAUAUCAAGUGAAAAAAAGAGCGACGUGAAAUACUAACGGAGAAGAAGCGGCUGUUAUUACGAGAUUGAUACACUGGGUUAAGGUCAGCGGGGUAGUUUCUAAAUGACAGUCAGCCUUGUGCUUGAUUUAGGCGCUGUUGAAGCUGCUCAGCAUUAUGUUUCUUUUAUGCGGAUAAUGACAUUGCUGGGACACUUUGACAUCGAUCCUCCUAAAAACGGAAUAAUAAACUGAACCUGCUUCGCGCUGUUUCAUGUGACCCAGUAGUUUGCUUCUGGAGAAAACGAGCCAAAUGAUGUCAGGAAUGCAUUACAAGGGUCAAGAAGUCAGCUGCUGCAUCAAAUAUUUCAUAUUUGGAUUUAACAUCAUAUUUUGGUUGCUCGGGAUGGCUUUCCUUGGAAUCGGAUUAUGGGCUUGGAGUGAGAAGGGCGUUCUGUCUAACAUCUCGUCCAUCACGGAUAUGGGUGGAUUUGAUCCGGUGUGGUUGUUCGUGGUAGUUGGAGGGGUGAUGUUCAUCCUGGGUUUCGCUGGCUGUAUCGGGGCCCUGAGGGAAAACACCUUACUGCUCAAAUUUUUCUCUGUGUUUCUGGGGAUAAUCUUCUUCCUGGAGCUGACUACCGGUAUCCUGGCCUUUGUCUUUAAAGACUGGAUUAAAGAUCAGCUCAACUUUUUCAUCAACAACAACAUACGAGCCUACAGAGAUGACAUUGACUUGCAGAACCUCAUCGACUUCACUCAGGAAUAUUGGGAAUGCUGUGGGGCGUUUGGAGCAGAUGACUGGAACCUCAACGUUUACUUCAACUGCACGGACAGUAACCCCAGCCGAGAAAAAUGUGGCGUGCCCUUCUCCUGUUGCACCAAAGACCCAGCGGAAGAUGUUAUCAACACACAGUGUGGAUAUGAUGUUCGGGCAAAAUCGGAUGCAGAGCAGAAGACAUACAUUCAUGUCAAAGGCUGUGUGCCGCAGUUUGAGAGAUGGCUACAGGACAACCUGACCGUAGUGGCUGGGAUCUUCAUCGGCAUCGCUCUGCUGCAGAUAUUUGGAAUAUGCCUUGCACAGAAUUUAAUCAGUGAUAUUGAAGCUGUGAGAGCCAGCUGGGUGCCGCCCCCCUCUUUCGUCGCCCGCCGCCCCCCGUCCCACUCCAGCAAGAAAGGCUCGGUGUACUCCUGAGGGAGGUUGGCCUGUUUGUUCACAUGAGAUGGCAGCUAGUCGUUCAGACACUCACAGGCCUGUGCCAGAACGGUGCGCUGGAUCCUGUGUGCAUGUGCACCGUCACCUUUUACCAUCUGUAAAUAGUGCUACUUUUUUAAAACACUUAUUGUGUAAUGUGAAAAAAUGUCUGUGUCCACAGAGUUGAGUUAAACAAACAAAAAAUCCACCGCUGCAGAAGCAUUACAAAAAUAAUAAUUCAAAAUAAUCUGUAAUGUAAAUACUAGGCAAAGACGUAUAUGAAAUGUUUUUAUGUAACAUGAAUCGGGUGCGUUUAGUUCAGUAGUCAGGACACAGUCAAGUUACUAAAAAUUCCCACAAUGCACUGUGCACUAAUACUAAAUCACAUAAACGUAUUAAUAACAACAAAUGAGUUAAUUGUGGCAUAAUGAUUUUAUUUUAUUAAGCUACACACUAAAUUAAACUCGAAUGCAUUAGUAACUAACAAGAUAAUUAUUGGUCAAAAGACACCAUGAUAAUAAUAAUGAUAAUAACAAGAGGCCAUAUGUAUUAGCUAGUUACAGUUCACCCAAAAAUGAAAUUCCUGUCAUAAUUUACUCACCCUGUCGUGAGUAAACCUCGAUGAACUUCUUUCUUCUUCAAAAAGAAGGUAUUUUGAAGAUUGAUAGUUGACGGUAGCCAUUGACUUCCAUAGUAUUUUUUUUUUCCAGUGGCCAUCUCUUUGAGGAAACUUAGGUUUGCUUAAAUUAUCCAUAUUUUAGAAAAAUCAUGUUUAAGAGAUGAACAAAUAAAGCCUGAUGGAUCAUAUUUGACUCACAUUUGAUCAUCAUAUUAUUGCAUUGCAUUAUAUAUUUUACUCCCACAAUAAAACCUACAGAGCUUUGAUCAUAAAACUAAUCAAACUUUAAAUAUCAUCCUACUAAGACAUAUUAUUGGGAGAUAAAUGCAUUUUAUGUAAUAUAAAUAUCAGCAUCUGCAUUGAAUGUUUUUUUUUUUAUUCCUCCCAGAGUUUGAGCUCCACAUCCUCACUAUAUCAUAUUAUAGGAGUCAUAAAAACCUGAUUUUUCACAUAUGAUACUGUACUUUUUUUAUUUUUUUCUUAAGGUUUCUAUUAUUUCAUAUUUCAGGUUUUACAAGGUAAAUUAUUAGAUAUUAGAAUAUUUACCACACAAAGAUUAUAUGAAAUACAUCUAGGCCUAUUUAAUAAUCUGGGAAAUGAAAACAAUGACUGAUAAAAAUAGACACAUUUCUUCAGUGGCGGGGGAUUAUUUGUAGCGCAGCCUCUUUGCAAUGUUUUUAUGAAUUAUUCUGUCAACACUGGUUCACGUUUGCACUUAAGUUGCAUAUUACAUUUCACUCUUAAGUAUAAACGUUUGCUGCAAAUCUUGCAGAUUAUAUUCACUAAAACAGUCAGGAAGUCAUUCAUACUUUUUAUUUAGUUUUUGUAAAAUGGUGUUCUUGCACUAACAAAUUAAGAGAUGCCAGAAAAUGACUUAUUCAGAUGUUUAUCUUUCACAAGCAAUUUCUGAUAAAAGAGAAAAAUGCACCGUGAUUGUGUUUUUCUGUAACGUACGGACUAAUCAAAAGCUUGCUUGUUGCAGGUUGUUAUAAAUAUCCAAGUGAUAUUUGAUCAUCUUUACAAUGCAAACGCAGUUGUGACAGUGUAACACACUACUGUAUGUACUGUAGCACUCGUGUAAUUGUGCAUCACUAAAACUGCUUUUAACAUGGUUUAUGUCUCCUUUGAUCUUUUAAAGACACUCCGAUGUGGUUUUUAUAAUUGCAAUGCAUUUCAAAUGUGUUCAUGCUAACAAAAGAAAGGGAAAAAUGUUCAAGAGUCUGAAGCUGAGCUUUCCUCUCACUGGAGCCGUGAGGAUAUUAAUGUUGGCUGUUAUUUAGGCUGUGUGUCAUACAUUUAUUUGAUGCUCCAGCAAUAAGAACAAACAUUUUCAAUAAAUGAUUUAUCUGGUUUUCUGAUUAA